AUGGCUACCCAUACUAAUGGGAACCCUCGUGAGGAGCUCUUUACCAAGAUGCUAGCCUCCGCCAGUGAAGGCCACCUCACGGAGCUAAAGGAAUUGUUAAGAAAAUGGGACACUGAGAGCACCGACGAAGGUGCGCCAGCGACAAGCAAGGAUCAUCUUUGGUUCAAGCCGUCUAUAUUGGAGCAGUUCGACAUUUUCAAUGAGUUGAACCGGCCUAAGGAGAACACGAAACGGAUCCACACCAACUGGUAUAUCCACAACCGGAUCCUGGUCGAAGCCUCGCAGAAGAAUCAGAUCGACGUUGUUGAAUACCUUCUAGAGCAGCGGGAUUGCCCCAUUACCUCCCGGGCCGUACAGAGAGCCAUGAUGACGGAUUCCUUCGAUGUUUUAGAGUUAUUUCUCGCACAUGGAUGGGAUAUCAAUCAGCCCAUUCAAAAUAAUUUCUGUACAAUCUUACGCCAAGUUGUCAUCAGCGAAAACCGGGUACGCUGGUGUCUCGAGCAUGGGGCAAAUCCCAACGCCCGAAGUAAAGACAAGACAAAGGAUGUACUGAGCCAUGCUGCUUGCUAUGCCUCAUUGUCCACCCUCAAACUUUUAGACGGCUAUGGUGCAGACUUUGCACGAAGCAAUGCUCUGCACGGGGCUGUUAAAGGGCGGAGCAAAACGCGUAUAGAGAUUUUGCAAUGGCUACUGGAUGAAAAAGCCUUCCCAAUCAACCAACGAGAGUUCGAGUAUGACAUGGAGAUGUUCGUGGAUCGCCAGUCAAAUGGACUGGCAACAGCACUUCAUGUCGCCGCCGAGACGAAUUCUCUGUGCUGUUUGCGGUUUUUACUGGAGCGCGGUGCAGAUGCCAAUGUAGCGGACACACUGAGCUGCACUGCUGAAGAUCGGGCGCGUAAACGCGAGCACCAGGAGGUAAUUGCCAUUCUGAAACACUUGAAAGAGUAA